UUCUCUGUUCUUGAGCUUAUCAUAUAUGUUUCAGCAUUUAAAAAACCUCAAAAACUGGUCUAUUUUUCUGUAAUUGUUGUUGUUGAAGUUUCUCUGUUUUUGAGCUUGUCAAAGCGCAUGUUGUCUGAGGUUGUUUACAAAAAACAGCGUAAAAGGCGGCGCAAUGCUUUUGAAUCGAUAGAACAGACUCUGCUGGAGUGGAAGAACAAUCGCAGCCAAAACCAAUCGAAUUCCAGCGAAGAAAUCGAAGCGAAACGGAGAAGAAAGUUUCCGGUAAAGGGAUUGAGAAAGGGUUGUAUGCAAGGGAAAGGAGGGCCAGAGAAUCUGGGCUGCGUGUACAGAGGAGUGAGGCAGAGGACUUGGGGAAAGUGGGUUGCAGAGAUUAGAGAACCAAUUUGCAAAACUAGGAAGCCGAGACGACUAUGGUUGGGAACUUUCUCUACUGCUGUUGAUGCUGCACUUUCUUAUGAUAAGGCUGCAAGAGUGUUGUAUGGCUCUGAUGCUAUACUAAAUUUUCCCAGCAGCCAAACAGACUUGAUCACUAAAAGUACCACAAUGUUGGGUAAUUGUGUGGUGGAUGAGGAAGAGAAGGUAGUUAAGCAGGAGUGUUCUGAUGCUAUGCUUAGUUUUCCCGGCAACCAAACAGAGAGAAUGGAAUUGUCAAAGGAAUUGGAUUCGAUCACCAAAAGUACAGUAUCCGAGCCUGAUAACGAAAUGUUGAUUAAGUUAGAGGAUAAAAUGUCUGAGGACUCCAAGAUUUCUGAGGAUUGUGAAACUGAGGAAUUGAAGGUGGUUAAGAUUGAGGUUACCGUGAAAGAAUUCAAGCCAAUUAUUGAAGUUGUGACGCCUACAAAGAGUGAAAUAGCAAAAGAAAAAAUUGCAGAAACUACUCGAGAGAGCGAAUCAUGUAGUAUUGAAGAUGACAACAAUGUCGAACAUGGUUGCCUUCAGCAUGUGAAAGAGGAAACAGUAAUAACUGAUUUCGAGCCUUCAAGACCAAUUGGCAGUGAUGAAUUUGAACCGGGACAAGAUGGAAAAUGUCAUUCUGGUAAAAUUAGGUCCUAUGAUGAAGGCAAACUGCAAUGUGAGAUGCCAUCGGACGACUCCUAUCGCUUGCAGGACCUGAAAGAAAAUUGCUUUUCAACAGAUGAGACAUCGGAUACCAAAACUUUUGGUGCUACUAUGGUUAGACAAGAUUGGUUAUGUGGGUCUGAUCACUUUAAUUACUGUUAUGAUCCUAUGAUAUUCAAAGAGCAACUUCAUUACUUGGAGACAUUUUUAAUGGAAGAUAAGUUUGAGAGCCAGCCUCAAUGGCCUAAUUCCCCAUUGGAGAACGGCAAUGAAUGUGAAUUCUUUGGAAAUUGGUUAACAGAUGAAUCGGGUGGCACUGAACUUUCGCAGGUAGAUAGCAAAGAUGGAUCUAAAGAAGGAAUCAGAGAUUUUGAUUACUGGUCUCAAAGUCCAGAAGCCCAAAAUUACAUGUGUAAUUAUGAGCCAAACUCUGAAUUGCAACAAGAAAGAAAAUUUGAUGAUUUUGGUCCAUAUGUGUUUUUGAGUGAUAGCAAGUUGCAACGCAAAAGGCCUCAUGGUGUUGCCUAUGAGUUUUCGCAUAGCCAAGGCACGAAGCAUUCAGAUAAUGUGGUGGAGACACUGACAACUGAAGAAUACAAUUGCGAUUGCGAUUUCUUGAAUGUCGAUCUUAUUGAGGAUUAUGGAUUGCUUGAUUAAUUCAGAACCUUGAUUUGGUGACGGAUUAUCACAGCAGAUAUUUCAAAUAGGAGAGUGAAAGAUGCAUUCAAUGGAGAUUCAUGAAAUAUAGCCGCAUGGAAAAGCUGCACAUCUUCACUUGAUCCACAAUUGAUACAGAUAUAGAUAUUGUUAAUAGGUUUAGAGAUUUGUAGUCAAGUUAUUUUGAUUUCUCAAUUAUGGUUGUCCAUUGAUUUAGUGACCUAGUAAAAAAAAAAACUGGAGCUCCAUUUAUUCUUGUGAAUGGAGCUAAUAUCAUUGUUUUGUCAAUUAGUGAGAAAUAUUUAAAUUUUGUAUAGUUUGUGCUUUUUAGUGAAGUCAUUUUUCGCUUGUAAA